CGUGUUUUCGUGCAACUGGGGCGGGUCGUUUUCUUCGAGUUUCAAAAUUGAAUUUCCUGAACGAGAAGAGGCUGCAAUGCUUCAAAAUUAAGAUUAGGGUGUCGUUCCCAUUAGUGAAUUUUUUUUUCAAUAUUUUAAAAUAAAUUAUAAAUUGUAAUUUUCAUAUUCAGCUUCAGGAGCUGAAUGCAAUAAACCAGAGAUACUGUUGGAGAUCCAUAGCCCGGGCGCUCAUACCAAGCAAAAUGGCAACGCCGCCGCCGGGAGCAAGCUUCGAGGGAAAUCCUCCGGCUCCGCCGCAGCCGCCAGGAACUGACAUGACUGGAAUAUGCUUCAGAGACCAGUUAUGGCUGAACACUUAUCCUCUCGAUAGAAACCUAAUAUUUGAUUACUUUGCCUUGUCCCCUUUCUAUGACUGGACUUGCAAUAAUGAGCAGCUGCGAUUGCAAUCCAUUCACCCUCUCGAUCUCUCCCACCUCUCGAAAAUGACGGGCAUGGAAUACAUGCUGAGUGAAGUAAUGGAGCCCAAUCUUUUUGUCAUUCGUAAGCAGAAGAGAGAUAGUCCUGAGAAGGUCACACCUAUGCUUACUUACUAUAUAUUGGAUGGAUCAAUAUACCAAGCACCACAGCUUUGCAAUGUCUUUGCAGCUCGAAUUGGACGGGCUUUGUAUUAUAUAUCAAAAGCCUUUACUAAUGCUGCCUCAAAGUUGGAAAAGAUUGGAUAUGUUGAUGAAGGUGAAGGUGUAACUUCUGAAUCAAAAGUUGGUAAAGAGUUGAUUGACUUCAAGGAAGUUAAGCGAAUAGAUAGUAUUCUUGCCUCCUUACAACGCAAGUUACCGCCAGCCCCUCCACCACCUCCGUUUCCAGAAGGCUAUGUUCCGGUUCCAAGUACGGACACAGAGAAAGGUGCUGAAAGUCAGCAGGGAACUGAGUCACAACCUCUUGCUGUUGAUCCAAUCAUUGAUCAAGGUCCUGCCAAAAGGAUGAAAUUUUGAAUCAGAAAGGGUUUUUAUAUUUAUUUCUAUCAGGGCAUAAUCAAAUAGACCGUUUUCUAACCUCGUACUUUUCUUGUAUCUAAUUUUCAAACAUGUGGUACUGAACUAUGUUAACAUGAGUAUGCAUUCUCUUCAAAAUUCAGUCUAAUUCGUAUUGCAUCUCCUAAUAACUCUAA